CGCGCAACACGCAUCUGAGGUUUGUUUACAUCUCGCCGCGCCACGCGCCAGGGAUUAUUUAUUGAUUGACAACACUUUCAACAAUCACUCUGCAGGCAACAUUCAACUCUCUCCUCUGAUUCAAAACAGCAAUGAGACGAGCUCAUCAUAAAAAGAGAGAUCAGAUAGAAUCUGCGCUCCGGAAGCCGCCAAUAGUGGUCGAUCAAGGCUUGUCUGAGUUGAGAUAUUUGAUUUUGACGCAAGGGCUUUCAAAUGAUCCAGAGAGUGACUUUUGCACGUACAGACCAUACGUAUGGAGUCUUUUGCUCAAAGUUCCUCCAUCACAAGCCAAAAACUACAUCAAUCUGAUCCAUCGCGGGGCGUCACCUGCAUACUCCAAGAUCCGCAACGACACAUUCAGGACACUGACGACCGACAUUCUCUUCCAGCGACGUGUGUCAGAGACUUCACUAAUCAGAAUCCUGAAUGCGUUGGCGUGGCGAAGAUGGGACGACUAUCGUGACCGACAGCACCGCGAACAAGUCAGACAGUUGCGUGUCGAGUCACGGCAGAAACCGCAUUCACCUGGACCGUCUAGUUCUCGCAACCCUUAUUCAUCGUCAGAAGCUUCAUAUAUGAACGUUGACAUGGCGAAUAUUUCCGUCUCAGAGUUGUAUGUACAGGGACUGAACGUACUGGCCGCUCCGUUCCUGUAUACUUGCAAUAGCGAGACGCAGGCUUUCGCAAUCUUGGAUACCUUUGUCCAUACCUGUUGUCCUCUGUAUAUUCGACCUAUGCUAGAUGGUGUUCAUCUAGGACUAAAGAUCCUAGACGCCUGCUUGCAGAUCAUUGAUCCGACUCUCUAUUCUUAUUUGAAGAGUAAACUAUUAACGGCUGAGCUCUAUGGAUUUGCAUCUGUACUUACAAUGUCAGCCUGUACGCCACCGUUGAACGAGGUGCUUAUACUGUGGGACUUUUUGAUCGCAUUCGGACCUCAUAUGAAUAUCCUAGCGGUUAUAGCCCAACUGCUACUUAUCCGGGAUUCGCUCCUGGCCUCACAAAGCCCAAUGGCGCUACUACGGACGUUCCCACCACUCCAAGCAAAGAAAGUUAUUACCCUGGCUGUCAGCUUCGUACCGCAGUUGCCGGACGAGCUCUAUGAUUUACUAGUGCGUCAUCCGUAUGAUGAAGGUGCUGCGGAGAAGAUCCGCAGUCUAUGACCUGUGCUUUUUUGUCUAUAGCAAUUUCUUUACCGUAUAUAACGUUGCCCAAUAUGAACCAAACAUAAUAGAAUACAGAU